GCGUCAGACCACGCGUCUAGACCUUCCUGGCCUGUCGCCGGAGGGGCAAGCCCGAACGCGAUCUCCGAUCUUCUGGGGUUCCUGCAGUGUGGCCCAUCGGCGCGCAUCUUGGAUUCGUCGUCAGAGAUAAGGUGGGCGAGCCCCGUCGCAAACUUAAUGCAAUUACACACAAGGCUAAGAGCAUCCCGUUUCUUUAAUCUUACCGGUAUCUGUUAUCUACAGCUUCAGCGCACUAGCAAGAUAAGGAGCGAGUGCCGACCGGUGUUCCGCACAGUCUGAGAGGACUUUGACGUGCGUGCCUCCACCGCUGACUUGAAGCUGUAUUUGGGGAGCUUCGCGAAUACGUUAAGAUGGUGCAAGGACGAGGACAGCAGCCUUCUCCAAGGUCCCCUCGAGCUGCCACCGGACCAGGCCUCUUGGGCCGCCUACGUCAAGUUGGGCAGCACGUGGCGCAGGCCCUGGGCACGAAGGGCAAGCGCUUGGCGUUCCUCCUGCGUGAGAGCCGAGCGCGCGGCACCGUGGGGCCCGCACCACGCGCCGUGACGUGCCGGCGUCCGCCCACGCCCAUCCACGCCAUGAGCACCUCGCGCCUGCUCCACCACGUCUCCAACCUGCGGGAGGAGCAGUCGCUCCUGACCCAGAUGGUGCGCGAGGCGGCGGCUGCGUACGAACAUCAGCUUCUGAUCUGCACCGUCAGCGACUACGUGCCGCACCCGGCCCGCGUGCAAAUGGUGCUGGAUGCAAUCCUGCGGUACAUGACCGACCCCGACGCGCCUAACCCAAAUGACAUCGCGAUAGACGCACUGCUGCUGUGCCAGGCGGCGGUGCACCUGAAGACGCUCCAGGAUGUGAGGGCACAGCUGGGGGCGGUGCAGUCGCAGCUGCACGCCGCACUGGAUGAGCUGUACGACCGCACCGCGGCUUCGGCGGUCGCACCUCAUGUUCACAGCGGCAGCUCCACUGGCGUGGCUGCGGCUGCGGCGGAGUCUGAGGCGCAGCCGGAGGCACCCGCCGCCGCGCAGCCCAGCCGCAACGAGUCGUGCGACCUGGCGGCUCGCGACGUGUACCACCCCAAGUCCGGCCGCCACCUGGACCUGAGCCCGAGCCGCCAGAGCCCUGCCGCGGCCCCGCCGUCCACCAUCGCCUCCGCCAGCAGCAACAUGGUCCGCAGCGGGCCGUCGCUGCAUGCGGUGAGCGUCAUGCUUCCAGGCGGCGGCGUGCUGCCUGCCAACUACCCCCUGACACCGGAAGCCAAGGCCUGGUUCGAGGACCUUCGCAAGCGAGCGGAGGAGGCAGAGGCGCAGCAGCUGGCGAUGGAGAUGGCGUCACCCGCCAUCAGCGAUGGCAGCAGUCGCGUCGACCUGGUGGCCACCGCGGACCCCUUCCCGCCGCAGCAGUCGGUGGCGGCGCCUUCGGCGGCAGCUGGGUCCUUCUCCUACCAGCACCAGCCGUACCGGGGCGGCGACUACGAGCCUCUGGCGGCACCGCCGCCUCCGCCGGCCUACGAGGAGAGCUGGCAGCACCCCACGCACGGCAGUGAUGCCGGCGCCUGGACCGGUGGUGACGUCGACGCCACCGCCAGCGGCAGCCCCGGCGCUACCUCGCGUGGCCUCGACAACGGCGGCGUGCACACUACUGCUAGCAGUGGCCCCUGGAGCAUCGCCAGCGGGUGCGGCGGCUCGCCCGGGUCCGCAGGUGCCGAUGACGUGAUGGCGUGUGGCGCGGCGACGGGUCACCUGCAGCUUGACAGCGGCGGUGACAGCGACAUGUACCGCUGGGAGCCGCAGGCGGCGGCGGCGCCGGGUGCACGUGCUGCUGAGUUCGAGGGCUUUAACGACAUCCCGCUGACCAGCCGCAGCGGCGCCUCGGAUGCCAGCUGGGCGCAGCAGGAGCAGCAGGAGCAGCAGGAGCAGCAGGAUGAGGAGGAGGAGGAGGAGGAGGAGGAGGAGGAGGAGGAGGAGGAGGAGGAGGAGGAGGAGGAGGAGGAGGAGGAGGAGGAGGAGCAGGCGUGGCCACCUCGUGACCAGGAAGCACUGGACGCGCUUAUCGCUGAGGGCGCGGGUCACGCCUACGCGUGUGUGGUUGUGGAGGGCGUGCCGUUCACCUGGUACACCAAGGCGGUGUUCACGCCGCGCUAGCUAGCGGUAGGUACUGAGAGAGGGCAGCAGCAGUAGUGAGCGAGGAAGCGCAAUAAGACCAGCAGGUUUGACAACGCAGCGAAUCGUGGCGAGGGCAAUCAGCAGACUGCUGGCAGGGAUGUGGUGCGCACCUAGCACGCAGCAGUGCCAUGCACAAUUAAUGCCUCCACCUGGCUAGCUAGGUAAGCCCAGGAGCGGCGAGAGUGCGCAUGGCUAGCUAGCUAGUUACCCGUUUCCACACACGGUGAUGGAUGGGCAGCUGGGCGCCAUGGCGCGGGAUAGGCAUGCAAGGUCAGGCUCUCUAGGAAGCAGAUGCCGUCCACGGAGAUGUGCAUGAGCGAGGCUACGGUAUGAUGCGAUGAAGAACAGUACUACAGUGAUGGCUAGCUGAUGGGCCCAAAGUGCCCCAGGCACCCGACCCACUUGAGGGUCUCCGGACAACAGGCAGUUUUGAUGAAGCUUACUAUCUUUGGUGCUGGCAGGUAGGGUACGUAUGAGCGCGAUGGAGCCAGAUGGCAUCCCUGCUGGGUGGAAGGUAGGGAAGCAAGGCGGGCAGGCAGGCAGGCAGAUGGGCAGCAGCCAGAUGGCUAGAUAGCACGUACCGUACUGACGAGAGGUGACACGCAGUGGCUGACACAUUGCCACUGUCAAGUCUGGAGUUGGGGAUCGUAGUGAAACUGUUCGCAAGAUAGAGGGCUGUGAUUCAUGCCCCUAGCAAAGAUAGCCGUACUCGUGAUUGGGCGGGGCGGCGUGGCGCGCGUGCCAUGCGUGCGUUGCGAAGCGUUUGUGGGGCCCUUAACGCUUAGUUCAUUGUUUACUUCUGGUGCUAAAUUUGUUUCUUGAUUUGAGCUCAAGUAAUAAGUUUGCUCUCUGUGCUGGAUUGACCGCUUCUUUGUGUACCGUAUGCGGGUGGGGUGCCCUGACACCGAAUUACCACCGUAGUUUUACUCCUAUCUUGAACAGAUUUAUUCUUUCUAGGCUGCUCGUGACCAUUGAUUAUGCCCGGCUAGGAAGCUAGUGGCCCCAAGGGAAUUGAUUGGCCCCUGGAGGCAAUAGAGUAAAGGCUUGGGGGCUUACUUCCCUGGCUGGAUUGGCUUGUUUUCCCGCUCGUUUCCGGCGGCUUCUUUUCCCCUCGUUUCCGGUGGUGUGUGCUCGUGAGAGUUGUUCCUUUCGAAUUCUUUGGCUUUGCAGCUGUGUGGAGCGAGUACAUGGCGCAAUGUGCGAUAGCAGCACGCACAUUUCCGUGUGUAUGCGUACGAGACAGUGCGGAUCACAAGCAUCAAGGGGCAGUUAGAUGUCGCGCCACGUAUGUACGGCGGCAGGUGCGUGGCCAGGGUUUGCCCCCACCCUUACUUUCAUGUUUCCGUGCCAUGGUGCUGUCCUGAUGACCCUCCCCAGCUGAUGUAUGACGGUGCGUGCGUGUCGGAGCUCACCGUAUGGCGCAUGCACGCACGGUGUUGUAGAACGACAAUGUAAUCCAUAUGGGCG